AUGCAACCUCUUAGACGUGAUAAUGGCUCCUCUACCGAACCGUCGUCUUCAUCAUCGGCAAUGGCUCCGGCGAUGACAGUUAUGCGAAGCACAGAAGAGAGCACAGAAUUUGACGGUAAAGUGGCAAACGAGCGUGCAUGCACGAGCAAAAAAGAGCGUGUAGCAUUCGUAUUUUACGAUUCUGAAACGCGACAAUACGAGUCACUCGAAGGUACGUCGACUGUAAAAAAACACGUUCCCACUCUUUGCGUGGCGCAACAAAUUUGCGAAGCGUGCGCGAAAGAAAAUAAUUUGUCCGCGAGGUGCCGAUGGUGCGGGGUGCGAGAGUUCGUAUUUCGUCAUGAUCCUGUGAAACAAUUUGUCGAUUUUGCAACGCGUACGACAAAAUACUUCAAGCAGAUCAUUUGCAUUGCACAUAAUGCGAAAGCGUUCGACGCGCAAUUUAUUUUAAAGUAUAUUGUUGAAAAUCGUAAUAACUUAGAACCUAAAUUAAUAUUAAACGGUACAAAGAUCGUGGUGUUAACGGUAGGACAUACGAAAUUCAUCGACAGUGUUAAUUAUAUGCCGAUGCGCUUAUCCGAGUUACCGAAGGCUUUCGGAUUACAGGAUACGUCGGAUAAAGGCAUUUUUCCGCAUUUGUUUAACACUGUCGAAAAUCAGUCGUAUGUCGGCCCCUUGCCUGACGUGCAUUAUUAUUCUCCGGAGACAAUGAAAUCGGAAGAGCGCGAACGCUUUCUUGUAUGGCAUGCUGAUAUGCGACAAAAAAACAUCGUGUUCGAUUUCCAACGUGAGAUCAUUCGCUAUUGUCGUACCGACGUUGAUAUUCUUCGACAAGCAUGUAUGGAGUUCAGAAAAAUUUUUCGUGGAAAUGUAUGUUCGUUCGAGGAAUGCACGACAAUUGCUUCGACGUGCAUGACUGUUUUUAGGAAAAACUUUUUGCAACAAAAUACGAUAGGCGUCAUUCCAACUGGCGGAUACAGAAAAGCAACCAAUCAUUCCCGUAAAGCUCUGCAGUGGUUGAUAUGGAAGGAACGCGAGCUCGGACAUUCUAUAAACCACGCAGGGCGCGCGCGCGAAUAUCGUACAAUCGACGGCACGCUCGUCGAUGGAUAUUACGAAACGCCUGAUACAGAGACGCCUCAACGUCAUGUGCUACAAUUUUACGGAUGUUUUUGGCACGGAUGCCCUUGCUUUCAUAUGAAUCGCGAUAGACCACUUUCUACAUCGGAUUGCAAGGAUACGAUUGACUCACGUUACGAGCGAACUCUCGCAAUCUCGUGGAGACUUCGGCAACGGAAAUACUUUGUGAUAGAAAAGUGGGAGUGCUCUUUCGAUCGCGAUAUGCGAGAUAAUCGCGAAAUGCGUGAAUUUCUCGAGAACCAUCCGAUGGUGGAAACGCCUCCGCUCGAUCCGCGCGAUGCAUUUUUCGGUGGACGCACGGGGAAUAUUGUGACGCGCUAUGAGGUUACAGGUAUGGAGAAAAUACGAUACGUGGACGUAUGCUCCUUGCACCCGUAUGUUUUGAAGACAGGUGCUUUCCCGAUCGGUCAUCCUGAUAUUUAUGUCGGCGAGGAAUGUUCCGCAUUAAUCGGGAGGGCACCGAAUUAUAAUUUUAAUACGAUCGAAGGUCUCAUACGGUGCAAAGUACUUCCACCGCGUGAUUUAUUUCAUCCUGUACUCCCAUAUCGCGUGCAGGAAAAAUUGCUUUUUGCAUUAUGUCGCAAUUGCUGUGAAACAUUGUCACAAUCGGCCUGUACGCAUAACAAUGCUAAGGAACGCGAAUUCGAGGGUACGUGGGUGUCCUGCGAAUUACGCAAGGCCGUCGAAAAUCCCGGCGUCUCCGUGACGUCAUAG